AGAGCCCUGAGCAAGGAGGGAGGGACAGCAUCUGCCUGGCCAGGGGCUGGGGCUCAGGCCUUGGCCCUUGGCAUUCCUGAAACACAUCCAGCUUUGCUCAGCACCACAGACACCUUGGCCUUGUUUGUGCCCAGCUGUCAUCACUGCCUCCAGUGUUCUGCUCUAACUGCUCUACCUGGAACCUGGGGACACUUUCUGGUACAUGUCCCUCAGUGGGACCCAUUAAAACUUCAAGAAACUUUGGAGUUUUCAUCUGAAUUUGAGUUCUUGAGAAGUUUUUUUGAACACUCUCUCAGGGACUGAGUCUGAUGAAUACAACACCAAAGCCCUGAGAGAGUCAUUAAAGUCCUUGUGCUGUGUCUGUGCUGCUGAGCUUUAAAGGAACAGCUCUUGCCAGGACCAGCUCCUCUCCCAGCCCAGCAGGGCUGAGGGCUCUGCCUGCAGGCACUGAGGGGAGAGGAGCCAGGCAGAGACAGGCUGAAGGCAAUCAGGACUGGGAAGACAUUGAGCUGAGACUUCACCUGGGGAAAGAUCUUCACAGCCCUCUACAUGUGCACGAUGCCUAGAUUGAAGAAAUGUCCAACAGCAGCUCCAUCAGGCACUUCCUCCUGCUGCCAUUGGCAGACACGCGGCAGCUGCAGCUCCUGCACUUCUGCCUCUUCCUCAGCAUCUCCCUGGCUGCCCUCCUGGGCAACGGCCUCAUCAUCAGCGCCGUAGCCUGCGGCCACCACCUGCACACGCCCAUGUUCUUCUUCCUGCUCAACCUGGCCCUCAGCGACCUGGGCUCCAUCUGCACCACUGUCCCCAAAGCCAUGCACAAUUCCCUCUGGGACACCAGGGACAUCACCUACUCAGGAUGUGCUGCACAGGUAUUUUUCUUUGCCUUUUUCAUGUCAGCAGAAUUUUCCCUUCUCACCGCCAUGAGCUACGACCGCUACGUGUCCAUCUGCAAACCCCUGCACUACGGGACCCUCCUGGGCAGCAGAGCUUGUGCCCACAUGGCAGCAGCUGCCUGGGCCAGUGGCUUUCUCAAUGCUCUCAUGCACACGGCCAAUACAUUUUCCCUGCCCCUGUGCCAGGGCAAUGCCCUGGGCCAGUUCUUCUGUGAAAUCCCACAGAUCCUCAAGCUCUCCUGCUCACACUCCAAACUCAGGGAAGUUUGGCUCAUUGUGCUAAGUGCUCUUCUAUAUUUUGGUUGUUUUGUGUUCAUGGUUUUCUCCUAUGUGCAGAUCUUCAGGGCCGUGCUGAGGAUCCCCUCUGAGCAGGGACGGCACAAAGCCUUUUCCACCUGCCUCCCUCACCUGGUCGUGCUCUCCCUGUUCCUCAGCACUGCAGCAUUUGCCCACCUGAAGCCGCCCUCCAUCUCCUCCCCAUCCCUGGACCUGGCCCUGUCAGUUCUGUACUCGGUGGUGCCUCCAGCUCUGAACUCCCUCAUCUACAGCCUGAGGAACCAGGAGCUCAAGGCUGCAGUGUGGAGACUGAUGACUGGAUGCUUUCAGAAACACUAAACUGGUUUCCAAUUUCUCCAUACCUCUUGUAAUAAAAGUCAUCUUUGAUAGUACUUGUUGGUUUCAUUUUGGAGGUUCUUUUUCAUUAUUUAGCUUUUUUAAUAUUGCCUACAAUGCAAGGGCGUUGUUUGUGCCAUUUAUCAUUUUGUUUCUCUCCAACUUUCCUGUGACCCACAGACUGUGUCAAUGAGGAGCUGUGCCCUUGGUGGCUUUAAAUGAAUUAAAGGAUCUCCCAGCAAAGUUUUCAGCAGAGAUGCCCCUUUUGUUCCCUCCUCUGGAGCUGCAGCAGCAAUGUCUGUGUGCAGAGCUGGGGGCAGAUCAGUGCUGGCACAGCAGCUGUGCCCAGCAGCAGCAGCAGCACUUGGUGCUGCCAGCGCUGCUCCCGUGGCCCUGCCCCACUGCCCUGGUGGCCCUGGUGUUGCUGUAGGGCCUGAGUGCUCUCGGGGCCGGGCACAGUGCUGG